AUGCCCCGAUCUAAGUCCAAGUCUCUCUCGACCCACGAUCAGGCUCUUGCUACACUUGAGCGGACUUUCCAAGUAGUCCUUGUCGUUAUACUCGGCGCCGUCAUAUACAGAUACUGCUGGGUUGACGUAUCCGACCCCUUCAAAUGUAGCGCCCUCCAGAAUCAAGGAGGAUGGCUCGACCCAGGCCCAGGAUGGAAUAGCAAAGACUUCUACAAACACUGGCAGCCGCCGGGCUGUAUGAUGCACGAAUACACGAAGAAUGACAUACAAGAAUGCUUCCACACCAAACGGCUGGUGUUCAUUGGGGAUUCCACGACGCGGCAGAUUUUCUGGGCCGUUGCGAAGAAGAUGGAUAAGCAGAGGGCCGAGAACGAGAUGCAAGAUAUGCUCGCUGUGAAGGAGAAACAUACGGAUAUUGCAUUCGUAACUGGUGGCCUCAAGAUCCAGUUCUUCUGGGAUCCAUGGUUGAAUUCGACCAGGUUAAUGGACGAGCUGACGGCGUUCAGGGCAUAUUCGCCUGUGAAACCCCAAGAGCCUAGCCAUAUGGAUAGUGCCGGGCUCCUUUUGCUUGGCACCCCGGGACUGUGGUAUGCGAGACACGGCCAGGAGAACUAUUUCAAGGAGUUCAAGGAUUCUAUUGAUGUGAUCAUUCCACGCAUGGACCAUCUUUCGCAGAACGAUAGCACUAUGCCGGUCCCGAUGACCCUGGCCUCUCGGCAACGGUCGCCCAACCUGCUUCUUUUGGCUCCUAUUCAGGUACCCCAAUAUGAAGCUUUGUCCCCCUCGAGAGUGGAAACCAUGACUCCAGAAAAGAUCGAUCUGAUGAAUGACUACAUCCAGCAAGUCUCGGCUCAUUCCACAGCGGACGUCAUCUGGAGUUAUUCGCUGAUGACCUGGGAUGGAAAGGUUCAGUAUGAAGAGAGCGGGCUUCACGUUAUUGAGAACGUAGCCCGUGCGAAGGCAGAAGUCCUUCUCAAUUUACGUUGUAAUGCAGAUGCUGCUUCGAGAGGUUACCCCUUUGAUCGGACAUGCUGUAGUAAUUAUACUCAGCCUGGUAGGGUACAGUGGCUGUUGAUACUCGCUGGAAUGCUAGUAUUUCCCACCAUGUUGAUCACACGCCGUCGACGUGUAACGCAGGUUGCACGCUUUCUGCCUCAACCUGGGGUCUUGGGUGCCCUCGCGGUGUUCGGUCUGGUUCUGUGCUAUUGCUUUUACGCAGAUCGUACGCAGAUAUUCGACAAGGGACACAAGCUGUUCCAGCACAGCCAAUUUCUUAUCGCUUGCUUGGUUGUGAUAAUUGCGGGCGUCUUGUCCAUAAGAAAGAACAGAGAGCCUGCUGGUGGUACCAAAAUUCAAGAUCUCGAUUUCCUUUCCCGCGACCAGACGGAUGAAUGGAAAGGCUGGAUGCAAUUCAUCGUUCUGAUCUACCAUUACACCCACGCGUCACAACAUCUUGGGAUCUACCAAUUUAUACGACUGCUCAUCGCAGCGUAUCUCUUCAUGACCGGUUUUGGUCAUACCGUUUUCUUCUUAAAGCAGGUAGACUACUCUUUCCAUCGUGUUGCGGCCGUUCUGGUCAGACUCAAUCUUCUGAGUUGCGUUUUGCCCUACAUGAUGCGUACCGACUACCUAUUCUACUAUUUCGCCCCCCUUGUCAGCUUCUGGUUCCUCGUUGUUUACUUUACGCUCAAAAUCGCAUGCCACAAAAACUCAAACUUUAAUUUUUUGCUCGGGAAGAUACUCGUUUCAGCUACGCUUACGACUGCUUUGACAAAGAUACCGGGGGUUCUGGAGUUUGUCGCUACCGUUCUAAAUUACACCUGUGCUAUUUCAUGGAAUGUGACGGAAUGGCGAUUCCGCACUUUUCUCGACAUGUAUAUUGUAUACGUCGGCAUGCUCAUCGCUGCCCUCUACCUCCGAUACUCCCGCAUCCAAUCCGGUGCGGUCACCCCCAAUUCCAUCACCGACUACUUGAUUCAGCUCACCAUCACAUACCGAUUUUUCAAGGCUCUCCUAAUUGCAGUUGCCCUUGGUAUUCCACCAGGACUCUGGGUCCUCCUCCGAAAGUCACACACGAAAGAAGACUACAACUGGUGGCAGCCAGGGAUAUCCUUCAUUCCCAUCCUCUGCUUCAUCGUACUCCGAAACUCAACCAGAAUCUUCCGCAAUUACCAUUUUGUCCUCUUCGCAUGGCUUGGCCGCUUCUCGCUUGAGACGUACAUCCUGCAAUACCAUAUCUGGCUCGCCGGCGACACUAAGGGUCUGCUCAGGCUGGGUAUAUGGGAUUCACGCGUCGAGACUCUGCUGCUGACAGCGGUCUUUUUCUGGGUCAGCUGGCACACGGCUGAAGCUACGCAGACAUUGACGAGAUGGAUUGUUGGGGCCAGUUCAGGGGCUCCAGGUUUGACGCGAGAGUCUAGCCAUAAUGACACGGAGAAGAACCCGUCACACCUUUUGCCCAAAUUCAAGGGUGAGGAUGAAGUGUCUUUAUCUACGGCCUUGCCGCAGGCCGGAGAUGGGGUACUUAGGAGAGUUAUGGGCAAGCUGGGGGUGAGGUUGGAGCUGAGGCUGGGGCUCAUUGUGUUUUUAUUGUGGGUAGCGAAUGUCACAUAUCGGUAG